AUGGCGGCCGCAGUCCUCAGCUCUUCAAAGCUUUCCAUCUCUAAUCCGUUCUCAAUGGUUUCCCACAGGCGCUCCGAUGCUCCUUCUCCCCUUCCGUCAUCGGCAGCUUCGUCGUCUAAGCUUCACUCUUCAGGUCAGGGUCCAUCAGCACCGGAAGUACAGCCGAAGACAUUCAAGCGCCUCCGCUCAUCGCUGGAGCAAAGCUUGCGUACGGCCACAAAGUCCAAGGCCAAAGCGAGUGUCUCCUUAGACGAGUCGGCAGUCCUCGUGGCUAGCGAGAGUAAAGGCAAGGAGCGCGCGUCAGAGGAUCACAUCGUCCCUCAGGAGAAAGACAAGUCCAGAUCGAGGAUGCUAUCUAAGGUUUCAUUUCGUCGGCCGGUCGCCGGAAAAGAAGCAAGUUCCCCACCUCCUGUGCCAGCCGUCAGGCUGCAACAGGAUUCCGAACACGGAGACAAGGGCGGCCAACGGGACAAGCACCGUGUAGCGGGUACCACGAGUUUUCAGACGCCCUCCCUUAGACAAGCCUCCAUGUCUUCGCCUGCCCUUCCAAUACCUUCUGCCUAUACGCAGCCCUUUGCCCUUCCGAGCACCUCCUCGUCGAAUCUGCCCGCCCUGGUCUCGUCCCCUAGAGAGCGCUCACGAAAGUCGGAUGCACAGGCGAGCAUUAGUACAAGAAAUAUUAGUGGACCCACUCCACUCACGCCCAAGCGUGACUCUCGCCUCAAUAGCGCCGCGAGUUCGUCCCCGACCCGCGAAAAGCACAGACCUUCAGCCCUCACUCUCUCACGCAAUGGCGAACGUAUUAGCCCUCGUUCUCCAGAGACCCCAACGAGGCGGAGCCGAGAGCAUACGCGAUCUCCAGACCUACCCCCAUCACCCACCCCGCAGGGCAUGGUGGGACUGACGUCCCGGCGAGCCGCUGCUAGUGCGUCCAAUCUAGCUCUCCGUGCUUCACCAAGCCCGCCUCCCUCCCCCACCCCAUCUCCGAUGAGUGCUAUCCGGGCGCGGUCUUCAUCUCGCACGCCCACCCCUCGUGCCGCGCCCUCCGCUUCCUCAUCGCAUCUUCCCUUAUCAUCUACAUCGUUCACAUCGAUAUCUGCAGGGCGGCCAUCGCUGGACGCUGGUCGUCCUUCCCUGGAAUCCCGAAGACCAUCGGCUGAUACUGCGAGACCUUCGCUAGAAGCUCGGAGGCCAUCAGUUGAUACGGCGAGACCCUCCUUCGAAGCUCGGAGACCCUCAGCCGACUUGAGGAGACCAUCUUUAGACGUCCCGAGGUCCUCGCUAGACGGCCGACGUCCUUCGCUAGAUCAACGACCUGUACCUCUCUCGUCUUCACCACCGUCUAGAGCGGCCUCUCCGAGCACACCGCCGCGCACUCGCGCCAUCUCGCCAUCUCAUCGCAGCUUUUCUCCAAACUACUACCAAGGCCGCCUGCAAAAUGCGUCUACUACCUCGCUGUUAGCAUCUAGUCCCGAACAUCGAGAGCAGAUCCGUUCUGCGUCCUCGUACCUGUGCAAAGAAAUGCUGAAGCCCCCAUCGCAGCUCAACAAGUCAAGUCUUCAGCCACGAGAGUGGGAAGAGGUGGAGGUUCGGAUGCGUGGUUUGGCUAGGCUUGAACGAGUGUGGGGAAAGAGCGGCGCUGGCAUGGGCAGCUCGAGCCAGCUGAGCUCGGUUGGGGUGACCUCUAGUGGUCUGAGUGCCGGCGGAGAGGAGAGGGAAAAGAGGUUUUUUGGUGACGCGCUGAGGGAUGGCUAUGUUCUUUGCCAACUCAUGAACAAGCUUUUUCCGGCACUGAUAUCUCGCGUUGACCCGCGAGAAGACGGGCUUAUGCGUAUGUCCAACGUCACGAAGUUCAUCGCCGCAUGUUCGUCUGUUGGCGUUCGACCUGAGGACCUCUUUCACCGAGACGACCUCAUCGAAUCUAGUGCCGAGUGUCUGGCACGGGUAGCGAGGACCGUCAUCGCGUUGCAGAAACUGGCUGAGUCUCCCGCUCCCGAGAAGUCCAUCCAGGGCGGCGGAAACGUGCAGAGUGGGCAGUCCCCAGGCCCAUAUGGUUCUGGUGCCGGUUCACGAGGCGCGGCUUCCACACCGAACCUAGCAUCAGCGCAAAUGCAACGAUCUACCUCGCCCGUCGGCCCACACACGCCCGGCCGCAAGCGAUGGAGCCCACCACAACCGCUACCUACUCUUCGAUCCGACAGCCCGAUUGAAGAAGGUUCUGCGAGCUCCAGCGAUGGGAAGGCUACCGUUAAUGGGAAGGUUGCGCGAGAUAGGGGUACACCUGGCGGUAGUGAUAUUGACGAGGUCCCACCUAUCAUCUCUCCCCCUCCCCGCUCGCCGCUUCGUCCAAGGGCCAGCAUCGAGAGGGCUUCGAUGGCCGAUUCGACUCUUGCUAUGGUUGGCGAUUCCGUGCGAGGCUCCAUGGUCGACUCGAUUGCAUCUGUUCCGAUGAGACAGUCUCAAGCGUCCAGUUACAUGACCGAUAUGACCGUCCUGUCAAGUCUGCUCGAGGUUCAGCGGACUAGCAGCGCUGGCUACAACAAGUUUGGUACGAUUCGAACGGUCACGACGGAGGCUACCUCUGUUGACGUGGGCGAGACGCCCUCUUUGACCUUCACCGAGGGGAGUUCUAUGGCAGCAUCGUUAGCGGAAGAGUUUGGUCGCAAGCGUCCGGGUGAAGUACCGUCGCGACCAUCCCGAGAGCGGCGCCCGAGCGAGACGGCUCUGAACGACUUGACGCGAGUGGUGGAGGAGACCGAGGAGGGCUCUGCGAGCUCGAAAGCCGCAAAGGCCAGCAAGAAAGCCGCUGAGCGCCGCGCCGAGGCUGAUAAGGAAAAGCAGCCGAAGUCGCAGCCAAUCAAGUUGGGGAAAGGGAAAUGGCCCGACGAUUUCCUGGAUGCGUUCUCGGCCCAGAAGAACCCACUGCUCGACGAAGACGAGGUUGAUAUGCCUGCCAGUCGUGUGCCUCUUUCUGCCUCUCCACCCCGAAAGCUCGCAUAUAUCGGUGCGUCACGAGCCGACGCGAGCGUAGAGUCGCUUUCACCCCCUCCGCGGCGCCCUGUGCAUCGGUCCAGGCACAGUAUCGACACCCCCGGUCUUCUACCGAAGGAUUCCUUGCUCCGUCGAGACUCUAGCCCAGAUGCGGGCCUAGCGCAGCCGUCUUCCCCUCGAAUUGUGCUUAGACGUAAUAGCAGCAAAGCUGGUCAUCAUCGGAACGGGAUGUACAUACCACGGAGUAGUUCUCAUUCGCAAGACAGCGAGUCGCGUGUCCCCUUCCCUCGCACUGUGUCCGCGGAGCACGGCACUCCUCCUGCUGCGGACCCGCCCGCCCGCGUAUCCUCCCCAGCCGUGCCUGAGUCGAAGCAGGACGUAUAUGCUUGCGAGAGUAAGCCACGGCAGCCCCGGGGGCGAUUCCAGAGCGAGAUUGAGGGCUCCAGCGCUCGCAGGAAGGCCCGUCCAAACUCGGUCGACGACUUGGGGGCACAGCCCAGACGGUCGAGGUUCGAGAGCAUGGUCAAUUUGGGUGUUGCGACGGGCAAUGCGAGUGCGAGUGACCUGAUCACGAGGGACUCCUACGAGGGCAGUGCGGUGCGCCAGACCCUCAUUGUCAAGGAGGAAGGCAAGCCGCCUACUCAAUUCCAACUUGGCAACUGCAUCGGACGAGGCCAGUUCGGAGCUGUCUACCGGGCGCUGAACCUCAACACUGGCCAGAUGGUAGCGGUGAAGCGCAUACGGCUCGAGGGGCUGAAGGAGGACGAGAUCAAGCAGCUGAUGAAAGAGGUUGACUUGGUGAAGAGUCUUUCGCAUCCCAGUAUCGUCAAGUAUGAGGGUAUGGCUAGGGACAACGACACGCUCAGCAUCGUUCUCGAGUACGCCGAAAACGGCUCCCUCGGGCAGACGUUAAAGGCCUUCGGAAAGCUGAACGAGCGGCUCGUCGCCGGAUACGUGGUCAAGAUUCUGGAGGGGCUGCAUUAUCUCCAUCAGAGUGACGUCGUGCACUGCGACCUGAAGGCGGCGAACAUCCUCACUACGAAGAACGGUAAUGUGAAGCUGUCGGACUUUGGUGUUUCGCUUAACCUUCGGGCCAUGGAGCGCGAGAUGAAAGACGUCGCGGGCACGCCCAACUGGAUGGCUCCUGAGGUGAUCGAACUCAAGGGCGCUUCGACCAAGUCGGAUAUAUGGUCGCUCGCGUGCACCGUGAUCGAACUGCUCACUGGCCGGCCGCCGUACGCUGAGAUUGCGAACAGCAUGUCUGUGAUGUUCCGCAUCGUCGAAGACAACAUGCCUCCGCUUCCUGACGGUUGCUCAGACAGCUUACAGGACUUCCUCAGGCGCUGCUUCAACAAGGAUCCAAGUAUGCGUCCGAGCGCUGAGAUGCUUUGCGAGCACGAGUGGUUGAAAAAGAACUGGGCCCUUCAUAACCAGGAGCUGCGUCCGCAAGACAGCAUCCCAUUCCUGCGCCGUGUCAGUGCUGAUUACCAGAACCAAAGAGCCGACAUCAUGCGUUAUCUCGCGAACGUUGAGAUGCCCGAGUCUGACAGGGCGACGCCCGAACUGCGUCCGCGCAUAGACAACUCGCCUUGUCGGCGGCGCAUGUCCAACGAUCCAGAGUCCUUUUCUCCCCGCGAACAUUCAUUUGUCAGGACUACCUUUGGGAAGCCCGUCAUUUGUCGCGUUUGUAACCAAUCCGUCAAGAAGAGCGCGGUGCUGUGCGAGCAAUGUAGCCUUAUAUCUCACGUCAAGUGUGCGCCAAACGCACCUCCUUCCUGUGACCUCCGCACGCAGCUGCUGCUGUACGCGCAGUAUGCGGAGAGCAGCAGUCCAGGUGGUCAGUAUAGCGACCCUAUGGAGCUGCUGGCAGCGCUGCAGACGAAUGGACCGGCGUUGUCCGAUGGCGAUUUAACGCCUAGGACAAGCAUGGAUUCGACGCCCCCACAUCUUUCGCCCCUCAGCAGCCAUCCUCACCCGCCGACGGCUUACAAAGUGCUGCAGGCAUUCAAGCGCUCGAGGUCCUUUUUGACGGACCAGGACAGAUCCUCCGCUUUGUCGAUGUCGGCUCCUACGUCUCCCGUUCCCUCAUCGUCGCAGACGCCCGAGCGGCGGCAAGUCACGCAGAAGCGCUCCAUACUGAGACGCAAGUCGGACGUCCACGAACGCCCGCAGUCGAUUUCCAGCGAGAGCACGUCGCAGAGGAACUCGAGUGUGCGGAGCGCGGUGACCGCGGCUGAGAGCUUGAACAGCACGACGCGCCGGUCGAUCAUCUCUACGGAAGGCCGCAACGGAGUGGAGAAGAGCGUCUCGCGGUUCUCGCAGGCGACUACGUUUUCGAUAGUGUCCGCCGCGGAGACGGAGCGCGAGGAUUCUGGCGCUGGUGUGUUGAACAGAAAGAGCAGCAAGGAAAAGCACCGCGACCGAGACAGUAAGUCGAGUAAUAGCGGCUGCACCGUCCAGUGA